AUGAACCACAUUCCAUCCCCAAAUGCCCAGGGUUCCAUAGGUGUCCCUCAUCUAAGUUUUUCUGGAUCCUUAACAAAGCAGUACUCUGAACUGUCCCCGAAAGAGGGUCCCCACUCUUCAGGCUCACCCACACCUGGGGGUUUGAGCUCCAUGGCAGAACUGGCCCGUCUGCCUCCCCCGACCCUAGCACCUGGAGGUCUUCCUGCGCUUCCAGGUGGGACCCCCUCAUGGUCCAUGAUGGAAGUGGCUUCGAAUCCUGCAUCCACCCACCCAGUCCACACUUCGCGGGCUAAAAGAGCGCACAGUGGGGUGUCUUUGCCAACUUUUAAGAGCACGGCAGCAGCAACCCAGGCGGCUGAGCUUUCAUUGUUUCGGACUGCAGAAUCAGUGACCAUAGAAAUGACCAGCAGAAAGCUAGCCCCUGCUACUACUGCAAGUGACCCUGCUAACCCACCACAUUUGUCAGCAGAUCCAGAGAAUUCCAGAAGGCCUGCCCUUUCAGCCGAACACACAUCUUUGGUGCCUGCUCUGCUGCCUUUCACUCCUCUGGGUCAAGGGCAAGCCGUCCUUUCUGGGACAGUUCCCGCAUCGYCAUCAAAUGGGAAAGGCAACCUUCCCUCCAUGAUCGCUGUCCUUCAGCCUGCAGAAGAGCGGACCUUGCCAUCCCUUGUACCUGAAAUGCCCACACCUCAAGAAGGAGGCCAUGACGGGGCCCCUCCUGCAGCCACAGACUUGUUCCUCUCAAGGAACCUUCCUGAUCUUCUCUCCACAACUUGGACAUUUCCCCUGCAGAAAGAGGUCAGCGUGACAGCCUUUUUAGGGAAAAAUAAAAAGGCAAAUGUGACUAUUCCAAGCAAAGAAGUUUUGAGUCCUCACACUGAAAAUGGAUUCCGCUCUGACUUUAGCUCCAAUCCAAUGUCAUCUCCCGUCAUUACAACAUCAGGAACAAACCUCCUUCCCUCAGGUUCACCUCCAGCCUCCAGGCCCACCAUUCAGACCACCCACAUGGUUUUCCCAUCUCCUGGCUUUGCCAGCACCAAGUUGGAGACUGACACAGCUGCUGGGGACCAUUCUGAAUCGCCUGUUUCUGCUUCCAAGCAGGUGACAGCAUCUCCCUCCUCCACUGAUGCUGAUGAUUUCUCAACAAUGGGAGACAUGAAAAAGCCAACAACCACAGAUGUUUUCUGGAGUUCUCUUUCAGCAAAAACAGGAACCCUUUCCAGAGAUUCCACAAUAUCUGGCUUGCAGCAGCAAACAAGUGAUGGUCCAAAUGGUCACACAAUUAACUUCGCCAGUUGGGAAGUUCAUUCAGCUGCCACUUCUCUUCCCCGGGGUUUAAYUUCAGCUGCCAAAGCAGUAAAAUCUCAGAACAUCAAAGAUACUGCUGGGCAAUCAGUGGCUGCAGAAGGCUUCAACAUCCAAGAUCUGGUCCUUAGGACAAGCACCAACCAGCCUGUGCAGCAGUCGRAUGUCACCUUGGCCGGAAAUCAUACAGACCUCUGGUCCACAAGCCAUCACAACCGUCCCAGAGACUUCCAAACAGCCAAGGCUGAAUAUUAUCCAUCCACAAGUCAACAUUCUGCCCAGUCAAGCCUUCCUCUUUGGCUGACCUGGCCACRUCUAUCUUCUACAACAAGCUUGCAGGACAUGCUUUCCGAUGGAACGGAUACAGGGUCCCACAUUUCCAGUGACAUCUACCCAUCACCCAGAAUAACUGCUUCCACGUCAUUCCGGAGCAAUCUUGGCCCUCAGUCAGCUGCUGAAUCUCCUCCUCUGUCAACCAGUGCCUUCCCCAGGACCCCCUCCAAAGUGCUGCAAGCUUCUCAGCACCCCAAGAAAUGGACAGUGGACUCCUCGGUGUCAUCCAAGGUGGAGCCAACAACAGCAGCAGCAGSGGCCGCGGCCACAUUGUUUCUGAGGAAGUCGAGUCCACAGGCGCUAUCUGCGGCCCUGGUGGCCAAGGGCACCGGCAGCAGCGGCUUAACCAAGAGCGGUUCCACCACUGCUCUAGCUAAAAAUGUCACCAACAAGGCAGCAUCUGGCCCAAAGGCAACCGCAGGGGCGAUCCAUACAGCCCUCCCGUUCACGCCAACCUACAUGUUUGCCAGAACAGCACACACCAUGAGCACACACACAGCCAUGCAGGGGGACACGGGUGCUGCCUCGGGCCUGUUGUCCACAACACACCUCCCCAGGAAGCCACAAGCCAUGCACACAGGCCUCCCAAACCCCACCAAGCCAGAGACGCCAAGGGCAUCCACCCCUCGCCCGCUGACAGUCACCGCAGCGUUGACCUCCGUUACAGCAUUAGUGAAGGCCACCCGCUUGCCCCCUUUGCAAGCAGAAAACACGGAUGCGUCUCUCCCUGCUUCGUCCACUGCGGUGGUCACAACUGGCAAAACGGCGUCCAACCUGGAAUGUCAGAUGUCUGAUAAACUCCUGGUGAAGACAGUUCUCUUUAUAACCCAAAGGAGAGGGCAGAGCCUUGAGUCCUUGAAGCUCAAUGUAGCCAGAGGGCUCACGCAGGCAUUGCGGAAGGCUUUCCACCAGAACGACGUCUCUGCUCACGUGGACAUUCUGGAACAUUCUCACAACAUCACAGUUGGUUAUUAUGCUACCAAAGGAAGGUUGGUAUACUUGCCUGCUGUUGUGAUAGAAAUGCUGGGUGUUUAUGGAGUCAGCAACGUCACUGCAGAUCUGAAGCAACAUACCCCAAACUUACAGUCUGUGGCCGUCCUUGCCUCCUCAUGGAAGCCCCAGCCUGCAGGCUACUUCCAGCUGAAAACAGUGCUACAGUUUGUGAGCCAGUCAGAUAACAUACAUUCCUGCAAGUUUGCUCAGACCAUGGAGCAGCGGCUGCAGAAGGCAUUCCAGGAUGCUGAGAGGAAGGUCCUGAAUACCAAAAGCAACCUGAUGGUUCAGAUUGUGAGCACGUCCAACGCCUCGCAGGCCGUCACCUUGGUGUACGUCGUGGGCAAUCAGAGCACAUUCCUCAAUGGCACGGUGGCCAGCAGUCUCCUGAGCCAGCUCUCGGCCGAGCUGGUGGGAUUCUACCUCACCUACCCACCGCUCACCAUUGCUGAACCACUGGAAUAUCCCAACCUUGAUACAUCAGAAACAACUAGAGACUACUGGGUGAUUACAGUGCUGCAGGGCGUGGACAACUCGCUGGUGGGCCUCUACAACCAGAGUUUUGCCCGGGUUAUGGAGCAACGCCUGGCCCAGCUCUUCAUGAUGUCCCAGCAACAAGGCCGGCGAUUUAAACGGGCUACCACCCUGGGAAGCUACACUGUGCAGAUGGUAAAGAUGCAGCGUGUUCCAGGACCAAAGGACCCAGCAGAGCUGACUUACUACACCCUGUACAACGGGAAGCCACUGCUGGGGACCGCAGCUGCCAAGAUCCUGAGCACCAUUGACUCCCAAAGGAUGGCCUUGACCCUGCAUCAUGUUGUCCUUCUGCAAGCUGACCCUGUGGUGAAGAACCCCCCUAACAACCUGUGGAUCAUUGCGGCAGUGCUGGCUCCCAUCGCCGUGGUCACGGUCAUCAUCAUCAUCAUCACUGCUGUGCUCUGCAGGAAGAACAAGAACGACUUCAAGCCAGACACUAUGAUAAACCUGCCGCAGAGAGCAAAGCCCGUGCAAGGCUUUGACUAUGCCAAGCAGCACCUGGGCCAGCAAGGGGCAGAUGAGGAGGUCAUCCCUGUGACUCAGGAAACGGUAGUCCUCCCCCUGCCCGUUAGAGAUGCUCCUCAGGAAAGAGACAUCGCUCAGGACGGGAGCACCAUCAAGACAGCCAAGUCCACGGAAACCAGAAAAAGCAGGUCGCCCAGUGAGACUGGCUCUGUCAUCAGCAACGAAUCAGGGAAGCCCAGCUCAGGGAGACGCUCACCCCAGAACGUCAUGGCACAGCAGAAAGUGACAAAGGAGGAGGCAAGGAAGAGAAAUGUGCCAGCGAGUGAUGAAGAGGAGGGACCUGUCCUCUUUGACAAUUCUGGCAAGGUGGCUGCUGAUCCCUUCGACACGUCCUCUGGGUCUGUGCAGCUCAUCGCAAUCAAACCCGCAGCCCUCCCCGUGGUGCACCCCACCUCGGACAGGAGCCAGGAGACCUCAGCCGUCCUCAACGGGGAGGUGAACAAAGCCCUGAAACAGAAGUCAGACAUCGAGCACUAUCGGAACAAACUGCGCCUCAAAGCCAAGAGGAAGGGGUACUAUGACUUCCCCCCAGUGGAGGCAAACAAGGGUCUGACUGAGAGAAAAAAGAUGUAUGAAAAAGCCCCAAAGGAAAUGGAGCAUGUUUUGGAUCCAGACCCGGAGCUGUGUGCUCCCUUCGCRGAGUCUAAAAACAGGCAACAGAUGAAGAACUCUGUCUACCGAAGCCGGCAGUCUCUGAACAGCCCGAGUCCAGGAGAAACCGAGAUGGACCUUCUGGUCACUCGAGAGAGACCCCGGCGUGGCAUCCGUAACAGUGGAUACGAUACUGAACCUGAAAUCAUAGAGGAAACCAACGUUGACAGAGUUCAUGAGCCCCGGGGCUACGCCAGGUCGAGGCAGGUGAAAGGCCACUCGGAGACCUCCACGCUGAGCUCCCAGCCCUCCAUCGACGAGGUCAGGCAACAGAUGCACAUGCUCCUGGAGGAGGCCUUCAGCCUGGCGUCCGCAGGCCACGCAGGCCAGAGCCGACACCAGGAGGCCUAUGGCUCUGCCCAGCACCUGCCCUACUCGGAGGUGGUGACCAGUGCACCGGGGACCAUGACCCGGCCCAGGGCCGGGGUGCAGUGGGUGCCCACCUACCGCCCAGAAAUGUACCAGUACAGUCUGCCCCGGCCGGCCUACAGGUUUUCCCAGCUUCCUGAGAUGGUCAUGGGCUCUCCCCCUCCACCUGUACCUCCCCGGACUGGCCCGGUGGCUGUUGCUUCUCUCAGGCGGUCCACCUCAGACAUCGGCAGCAAGACCCGAAUGGCCGAGUCCGCAGGUCCUGAGCCAGCCCAGCUGCAGGACAGCRCCUCGUUUGCACAGGUGUCCAGAGGCCCCGUGUCUGUGACGCAGUUGGAUCAGUCUGCUUUAAAUUACUCAGGUAACACGGUGCCGGCAGUGUUCGCCAUCCCAGCUGCCAACAGACCUGGCUUCACUGGCUACUUCAUCCCCACGCCUCCCUCGUCCUACCGGAGCCCAGCCUGGAUGUCCUACGCGGGAGAGAACGAGCUCCCAAGCCAGUGGGCCGAUUCGGUCCCCCUCCCCGGGUACAUCGAGGCCUACCCCCGGUCCCGGUAUCAGCAGAGCUCACCCUCCAGGCUUCCUCGCCAGUACAGCCAGCCCACCAACCUGCACCCCAGCCUGGAGCAGGCCCCCGUGGCCUCCGCAGCRGCCUCGCAGCAGAGCCUGGCAGAGAACGACCCCCCUGACACCCCCCUGACCAACAUCUCCACCGCRGCCCUGGUGAAGGCCAUCCGGGAGGAGGUGGCCAAGCUGGCCAAGAAGCAGACGGACAUGUUUGAGUUCCAGGUCUAAUGCCUUAGCCCCGUGGGACUCUGCACUUCUAGACUCCAAGGAAGCAGGCUUUGGGUCACUCACACCCAAYGUGUGGGGACUUGAGACAUGGACAAUGGGUGAAUCUCACCCUCAGUUUCAGAAACGGUGAACAGGGGGGCUUCUGAGAAACAGAGGACGUUCAUGAACGCCUGGAUUCUUGGUUUGUGCAACUGACGGUGGGUCAAGACGUCCCUGCUUGGGACCAUGUGAGUGAUACUCUGUUAGGCCGAGUGUUGGAAUCAUCCUUASGGUCUAUUUCUCUAAGGAGCCUUAGUCACGAGAGGCACUAGCUAAUGUACAGAUUCCUGUCCAAUGCUACAUUUUAAUAAAUCACCAGAAGGGGGAGAACCYAGCUCUAUCUUCGGUGACCUCUGCAUGUUAACUCUUUCCGUGUUAAAGGCAAUGUAGGAGUGUGAAUUAAGCACCAGCCUGUACUCUCUCACUCAGCCACRACCAUGAUCACUAACGUCAUCUCUAGCCUGUAAGGGAGACACYGACUGCAGCCAAGAAACUUGAGUCCCUUUGCUUUUAAAGGCUCAGAUUCAAAGUCAAAUGAAUUGGAUGAAAAUCAGUACCAGUGGCUAUGCCUAUAAAUAGCCGUGAUCUCUUUCUUCCCUGUGAAUUCAAGGUGGAGAAAGAGAGAAGAUGAGCAGGAAGGGUGGAUUUGUGUUGACAGAGUUUUUAAAAGGUGUUGUCAUUUUGGAAAUAGAGUACCCUCCAAGUUGGGAUCUAAUGGAAAGAGAGAAUCAGUGCCAAGAGCUUUUAGGGUCCUACAAAAGAAAAACAUUAUUUGUGGAGGGUUUUCUUUUGCAGACUUUGAAGGUGGCACAAGAACAGAGCUUCUGUCUUUGGGGGGGAUAAUAGAUGCAUUGACUUUUCCAAGAAAAUCUUAUCUGU